AUUUGAUCGUCGAACUGUGCGCACGUUCCGCGGGACCGUCUUCGUCUUCAGCCUUUCACUGUCGUGUGUGCCGUCGUUCGUGGGAACACAGUAACCGAAUUGCAGAAUGGCUAACCUGCUGUGGUCAAUCAUCUGGCUGAUCGUGCUGAUCUUGGUGGGCUUCUGGGUGGCGUUCUUCUGCGCCGGCUGGUACGUCCUCAUCUACCCGCUGACCGUGUGCAUUCCGGACGUAUCGGUCGUGUCCGACUUCCUGCUGCUGGGCGCUCAGUUUGCGCACUUCUGUGCCAAGUCCAUGAUGGAGGGCAAAUCUCUAUUUUGAGCGUGCGAGAAUCCGAUGCUGUAUGUUCUACGUGUGUGUUUGUGUGUCUGUAUGUGCGAGAAAGAGUGCGUGUGUAUGUGUGUGUGGCGUACACCGGCUACAUCGGCUAAGGGCGCCAAACCAGAAAGCUGGUGGCAGCGUGGAAGCCAUCGCUCGUUCGUUUCAUUUCUUCGAUAGCAGCAUUACUUAACCCCUUAAUGUUCGUAAGUUUAACGGUUAUAACAGCGGACUUCGCCACAGGAAAACAAUAAAUUAUCAUGUGUUCAUGUUUAUAGUACAUCCUGCGACCAGCGGGCACCGGUGUCAAUAAUGCACAGCGUAUUAAUGGUGCCAUUUUGUUUGCCGACAGUCCAUUCGUUAUCUGAUGGCGUUAUCUACCGUAUCAAAAAUUCCCGCCCGUUUGCAGUCCAUAAAAAAAACGCGAAUACUAAUUCAAACUCAAAUAUUGAACGCGUGAAACGGAAGCACACUAGGAAAAUUAUCGAACAACAAUAAACA